GCCGACGCCGCCCCCGGCAGCGAGUCGCGUGUCGCCGCUGGCUGGAUGACGGCGACCGGCCGCUGCUAGGUCGGCAUGGGCUGGUGCGCGGCGUGUGCACCGCUCGCGGCGCUCCUGCUGCUGGUGUGCGCUCACGGAACAUGGGCCAGCUGGGAAGAAUGGUGGACAUAUGAUGGAAUUUCAGGUCCCGCGUUCUGGGGGCUCAUCAAUCCACAAUGGUCGCUGUGCAGUAAGGGCCGUCGGCAGUCGCCCAUCGACAUCGAGCCUGACAAGUUGCUGUUCGACCCCCUGUUGCGGCCGCUGCACAUCGACAAGAACAUGGUGAGCGGCACUCUGCACAACACGGGCCAGACGCUGGUGUUCCGCGUGAGCAAGGACGCCAAGGAGCAGCCUGUCAACAUCACGGGCGGCCCGCUCGCCUACCGCUACCAGUUUGAGGAGAUGUACUUCCACUAUGGCACCAACAACAGCCACGGCUCCGAGCACCGCAUCCACGGCUACUCCUUCCCUGGAGAGAUUCAGCUGUACGGGUUUAACGCGGACCUGUACCACAACAUGACAGAGGCGCAGCACAAAUCGCAAGGCAUUGUGGGCGUGUCCGUCAUGCUGCAGGUAUCCGAGUCGCCGACGACUGAGCUGCGGAUCAUCACCAGCACAUUCGGCCACAUCCGCUUCAAGGCCUCGUCGACGCCGAUACGGCCGCUGACGCUGCAGCAGUUGCUUCCCCGGACGGACCACUACAUGACGUACGAGGGCUCGACGACGCAUCCUGGCUGCUGGGAGACCACCGUCUGGGUCGUCCUCAACAAGCCCAUCUACAUCUCCAGGCACGAGAUGUACUCGAUGCGGCGGCUGAUGCAGGGCCCCUUCACGGAGCAGAAGGCGCCUCUCGCGAACAACGUACGGCCCCUGCAGCACCUGCACCACCGCACCGUCAGGACCAACAUCGACUUCUUCCGGCGCAAGGGGAAGAAGUGUCCAACAAUGCACAGGGACAUGCAUUAUAUAGCGAACACCUGGAGGAACCUGAAGCAGCAAGACUGAGGACACCGCGGCGCUCGCCGGUGCGGCGGCCGGCGCAGCCACACUGGUCCACCUAUCUGUACCUCUAAACCUGGAGGAGGAGAAACAGCCAUACACCACGCUGACCGAUAUUUGUUUCUGUUUUAAUUAGAACUGGUGAAAUGUUUUAUCUUGACUACCGCGAGCAAAGUGUUUCUUCUCAGGAAAGAUUCUCGAUACGAAACACCUUGCAUAUAAACACAAUUCAGAAAAUUUAAAUUCCGUUACAGUCCCACUGUGAAGCUGGACGCAGUGGAACAGAAAAAUUCGCUCGUGAUUACUACUGCUUGAUAGGAAACUAUCACAGUACUGAAAAACAUCCGCUUCCAUGAAAAACAUUUCAAGACUAAUUUCAGUACUACCUUUCUCUAUAAGCAACAAUACUUGUUAUUACAAAAAGGUACUAGAAUAUCUCUGUGUACGACACCGAAGAAAGUGACUACUAAUCACUUGACAUUGAAAAAAAUGAACCUUCUUUCAAAACAUUUAUGUUCUCUCUGUUCAAACACAGUACAUCAAUGAGUGAAUAGCUUACAAUAAUUUUUGUCUUUCACCAAAAAUUUUAUGCUGCUCGCACUGGUAGUGCUAAAUUUUGGAUACAACGUGUAACCACCGCCGAAAGGACCUAUAGCCCUGCUGCGAGUAUGCAAAACUCGAAAUUACUAAUCAGUUUUUCGUGUUACACUGUCUGGACAAACACAACAAUUUAACAUGUACGUUUCGUCCGGAUAAUACAUACGGUCAACCGUGAUGUGUAAGUCUAACAUUUGCGAAAAUUCAUAAGGAAGCGCCUUGUUUUACAGUCAGUUUUGUGAAUAUCUUUCCCCAUGAGAAAUGAUGAAAUAUUGGAAUGUUCUUGACACAAAUGCGAAAAAAGGAAUCCUUAUGAAAUAUACAGAAGUACAUUAAUUUCAUUAACAAUUUUUUUUUUUUACUUUAAGUGAAAGGAUGAGCUUUCUCGCAAGAGACUUCACCUCUCCUUUAGUUUAAUUUUAUCUUGUGAGUCUUAGUCCUUUGUUACCCCUUACUAUAUUUUUGAAGUAACGUGUUCACUGUAUCUCUGGCGAUCUUAUUAGGUUUCAUUCUUCUUAACCACGUAUGUCUGUCGAAUAUGAAGUUGAAGCACUUAUGGUUUCACAGUAUGUGUACUAAACCGUUCUGUAACUUUGUGUACAACAAGAUCUACAUACUGUCACUCAACAUUUUCAACAUAGCACAUAAGGCUACAUGUGGCAACAUCUUACGUUCCUAAUUGUGUCACCUAAAUUCACGUUUUAGGACACAGGGAAGCAAUUGAGGCAUGUGCUUAAACUGUUUCUGUUCUCCAAGGAAACAGAUUCGAUGCCGGCAACCAUAUGCAAGAAUGUCAAAAAUUUCCGUUAUUAGUCUUCGUUAAUUUCAUCAUCACUCACCUCUAAUUUGGUUAAUAUAAUCAAUAACAUAAACCCCCUACUACUUAUUGUUUGUCCUAGUUUAAUGAUUAACGACAAGAGGGAUGGACAUACGAUUAAACUUUAAUAUAAAAUUUUUUGUCAGUUAACAAAUAUAUUUGUGUCAGCAAAUGACUCAAGGCCCUAGAGUUACUUGUCUUGAUACUAUAUAUCUAGACUAAAUUAAAUUAUGGAAAAGAUCCUACACAUGUUGCUAGAGUCCACAACAUCACAACCAAAUGCAGAACAGCUAAAAAUCUGGGGCUCAGGCUUCCACCUAUUCGAAUAAUUUCAAUUUAUUCCAUAACUUAAUUCUAAAAUCUAUCGACUUGAAUUUAAUCUUCGAUAUAUCCUUAACUGGAAACCAGCAACGCCUAUCACCAAAGCUGAAAAAUACUAAAUUUUACUGGAUUUCAUAAUUAUUGUUACAUCACACAAGUAUCAAAGUUCUAAAAAUAUUCCUGUGAUACCUUCUCAACGGGAGCAUUCUGUAAACCAGUGUGAUUCUUGUUAAAUUGCUUUACAGUUAUUUGAUACUUAUAUUUACCUUAUAAAUUGUUAAAAGUUUAUCUAUUUUCGGAAAAUUACAUUCCUUUGUUUACAUACAGAAAUUAACAUAACAUAUUUAAAUUUUUUGCUUUCAUUGCUUUUUUCUCAUAUUUGGGCGAAAGAAGAGACCUUUGACUCUGACAUUGAUGAGGGAAACCUGAGCGAUCUUCUCUUCCUGAAACCUGUCUAUGCGUGUUCCUCAAGUUUCUAUAUGACAUAAUGCAGUGUUAUUCUACAAUAAAGAAUUGUCAACAUUCAAUAUA